AUGAGUUAUGGAUAAUAGAAUUGCUAAGGUGGUUGCGAAAUGUAUUUAGCAAGUACCGCUGUUAAUAUUGAAGAUAGUAAUCUUUUGGUUUGUGGUAUAGCUGGGGAGUUAAAUUAUCAUGGAGUUAAUGAUGAUGGACUUGAUGACGCCUUUGUGAUGAGAUUGUCUGAAACUGGGUGGGUCGAAUGGUAUACUUAAUUAUCCUUUUAAACCGGAGGCACUUUCAUCUCUACAACAGUUGCAUUAGUUCUAGAAAAAGUUUACUCAUAUCUUUCAUCAAAUAGCAAUUCUUAGAGUGAUAGGUAUUAGUCAAUAGUAAGAUUAGAUUACAAUGAUGGUAAACUAAAUUGGGCUAAAAAACUUAAAUUAAUUAAUCCAAUUGAUCCCUUAAUACCCCUAGUUAUCGAAAGAAUUAGCGAUAUGAUGAUGAAUCCUUGGAAUAAUACAUAAAUUCUAUUCCAGUGUAGAUUCUUUUAUAAUACAAAUUAUCAAAGCAUGGGAAAUCUAAUGAUUAAUGACGAUAACUCAAAUUUAACCACAACCUUCAUGACUUUAGUGCAAUCUAUUGCAACACCAACAACAUCUCUCUUUGUUCCUGGAUAGAUUGUUUAUGAUUAAGAUGAUAAUUAUGUUUACACUGGCUUUUCUGCUUAUACUACUUCUGCCUCUUCAAUUGAUACAAUAAUUCUAAAAUAAAAUACAUCAAAUGGUAGUAUCAUAUGGAGUAGAUCCUAUAAUAAUGGAAGAAACUAUGACAGUAAUACAUAAAAAUUGCUGCCUGCAUUGUCUUUGAGCAAAAAAACUAAAUUCUUAUAUGCAGCUUAGGCAGAUGGUUAAUCACAUUUAAUAAAAUUAGAUACUAAUGGUGCAACUGCUAAGAGAAUUUCAAUAAAUAUUGGUUAUGAUUAAUCAUAAUCUCACGCUGAUCUUAUAGUAAAUGACGACUCAGGUUUAGUUAUUGUUGGAGGAUUCAUUUUGUCAAGAAGAGAGUAUUGUAUUGUUACUCUUAACUUAAAUCUUGAAUAUGUGAAUGGAGUAUAUUAAGGACACAAUUCCUAUUAAAUAACAACGGGAAGAUAAUUUCAAAUGGUAUCUGAUUGGUUCUACAUUGCUGCAACUACAACAUUUUUUCAGAAUAAGCCUAAACUUCGAGCAUACUAGCUACAGCAGUUUCACACAGCAAAAUUAACGCCUAACUCUGAUUAAAGUCAUACUAAAUUUUUCUCAGGAUCAAAAGAUUAACUUAGUUGUUCCUUAGGUGGACUUACUAGACCAUUAUAAGAAAUAGAUCCGAUAGAAGUAACAAUGGGAUAAGUUGUUGAAAAAGUAAUAGACUUAUCAGUAUUCAAAUAAUGCUAAGGGCAAAUUUUAAACUACGGCCAAAUUCUAGAUGACCGAGAUAGUAAUAUAAGAGCUCCAGAAAACAUGUAUUUUACCAUUACCUCUAAUAAGAUUAUUGUUGAUGCAACAGUUUCACCACCUUAUCCAGGUUUUAGACACUUGAAAAUCUAAAAUGUUUGUACAGAAUCAGGCAAAUGCCAUGCUGUAUCAGUACCAUUGAUAAUUUGGCCAAGUAUAUAAACUCCAGAUGCUCCAAAAACACCUCCUUAAUAAUUGUGCUCUUCAAUUUAAAACUAUCCAAAAAUAUUAGGAAAUCCAAGCUAUUCAUCAUUUCAUACGGGAGCAGAUGUUGAUUAGGAUAAUGGAAAUUUUAUAGCAUGUGGAGGUCUCAAUUAUGGGAAUGAUUAUAUUACAAAUUAAUACAUUGUUAGGGGCAUUUUUUACUAAGAUGAAACAACAGUAAAGAUAUUUACAGAUAAAUAUGAUUCACGAUAUAUCUUUAUGAUGGCCAUAAGGUUAGAUAAUGGUGAUUUUUCAAAUUACAUUAUGAAGAUUGAUGUUUCAUAUUUUAAUUACCAGUUACUGGUACUUUUAACUUACCAAAUAGGAUAAAUUAACAGGUCAAAAUCUUAAGAUGAUACAUUUCUAGAAUUGGGAAUUAAGUGA